GUAAUGAUAAGAAGCAAAUUGGUGAGAUACAAAAUGGAAGUGUUUAUUUUAGUUUUAAUAGGUGUGUUAAGUUUUAUUACUAGAUUAUUUUCAGUAAUACGUAAUGAGGCGAUAAUACAUGAAUAUGAUCCUUAUUUUAAUUAUAAAUUAACAAAUAUUUUAAAUGAAGAAGAUUUUUAUAAAUUUUGGAAUUACUUUGAUGAUAAGUCAUGGUAUCCAUUAGGUAGAACAACUGGACAAACAUUAUUUCCAGGAUUAAUGAUUACUAGUUUUAUAUUUUAUAAGAUAUGUCAUUUUUUUGGUAUAUUAGUAAGUAUGAGAAAUAUAUGUAUAUAUAUUGGUCCUAUAUUUAGUUUUUUUACUUGUAUAAUAUCUUAUUUCUUAACAAAAGAAAUUUAUAAUUUUAGUGGUGCAGCUUUAUUAUCAGCAUUAUUUGUAUCUAUUUCACCUUCUCAUAUUUCAAGAACAGUAGCUGGAUCAUAUGACAAUGAAUCUAUAUCUAUAUUUUUAUUAUUAUUAUGUAUAUAUAAUUGGAUAAGAUGUUUAAAAAAAGGAACCCUUUUAUCUGUAUUAAUAUGUUCUCUUUCAACAUAUUAUAUGGCAUUAUCUUGGGGUGCAUAUAUAUUUAUAACAAAUUCGAUUAGUUUAUUUAUGUUAAUUAUUAUAAUAUUAAAGAAAUAUACAAUUAAACAUUGUAUUAUUUAUAAUGUAUAUUAUAUUUUGACAACUAUAUUAUGUCUUAAUAUUCCUUGUAUUCAUCGUUCAGUCUUUAUUAGUAUUGAACAUUUAGCAACACAUUCAAUUUAUAUUCUUUCUACUGUUAUGAUUGUUCUUCAUUUUAUCAUAAAAUAUUUUCAUCUUAAAGAGAUGUAUAUAAAACAAAAAUUUAUACAAUUAUCAUUUAUUUUUUUUCUUCUUAUAUUUAAAUAUUUAAUAUUUACAGAUAAAUUGUCAUGGAAUCAUAGAUCUAGAACAUUACUAGAUCCAACAUAUGCAUCUAAACAUAAUCCAAUUGUCGCAUCUAUAUCAGAACAUCAACCAACCACCUGGUCUUCUUAUUUUUUUGAUAUACAUCUGGUAUUGUUAUUUUUACCCCUUGGAUUAUAUGAAUGUUUUAAAAAAAACGGAUCAAUAGAAUCAUUUUUUUUAGGCAUCUUUACAGUUUUAUGUUUAUAUUUUUCAUCUUUGAUGGUAAGGCUUCUUUUGAUUUUUUCUCCUUUUGCAUGUAUACUAAGUUCGAUUGGUUUAUCCUCAUUAAUAAGUCGUUUCAUACCCAUAAUAAGAAUUCCCCCUCGCACAUACUUAUCAUCUAUUAUUUUAUUUGAUGAUGUGAAACAAAAAGAGGAAAAAAAUAAUAACAACGAUGGAUUGAAUUGCAAUGAUAUACCAUCUAAUGGUAAUGUAUUAGAUAAGAAUGCACGUAUGUCUUCUUUAAAUUUGAUGACAAGACAUGAGAAUAUUUGGAAAGAAUUGAAUAGACCCAAAAAUGAUGAUAAAAGUGAUGAUAAAAGUGAUGAUAAAAGUGAUGAUAAAAGUGAUGAUAAAAGUGAUGAUAAAAGUGAUAAUAAAAGUGAUGAUAAAAGUGAUAAUAAAAGUGAUGAAGAAAAGGAGAAAGAAAGUAAUUGCUAUAAUAAUACAAAUAUAAUAUAUGUAAAAAAAUUAAAUUUUAAUAAAUUAGAAAGAAGAAAUAAUAUAUCUAUUUUAACCAGUAUAUGUAUACUUGUAAUGUUAAUAUAUUAUGUGAUAUUAAUUAUUCUUCAUUCAACGUGGUGUUCAUCUAUAGCAUAUUCAGAAUCAAAUAUAACAUUUUAUAGUAGAAAUAAAGAUGGAGAUAGAUAUAUAAAUGAUGAUAUAAGACAAAUGUAUAAAUGGAUAAAUGAAAAUACUGAUAUAGAUUCUAAGAUUGUAGCAUGGUGGGAUUAUGGUUAUCAAUUAAGUGUUAUGAGUAAUAGAAUAACAUAUGUUGAUAAUAAUACAUGGAAUCCUGAACAUAUAGCUACUAUUGGUUUAAUAUUAAGUACAAAUGAAAAAGAAGCAUAUGAAUAUUUAAAAAUGUUAGAUUGUGAUUAUAUACUAGUUUCAUAUGGUGGAUAUUCUAAAAACUCAUCAGAUGAUUUAAAUAAAUUCUUAUGGAUUUUAAAAAUAACAAAUAAAAAAUAUAAAUUUAUUAAUCCAUUAUUAUAUUAUUAUCAUGAUAAAUAUCAUCCAUUAGGAAAAAAUGCUACAACUUUUAUGACAAACAGUGUACUCUAUAAAUUGUCAUAUUAUAAUUUAACUAAUAAUAAUAUCAAAGGUUAUGAUUAUAUUAGAAAAAUACCAGUACCUGAAAUUAAAAAUUUAUUUUAUUUUGAAGAAGUAUUUACAUCUGAUGUGUGGGGAUUUCGUCUAUACAAAAUAAAAGAUAUCUAUUAA